AUGUCUAAGAAAGGCCGGAGCAAGGGCGAGAAGCCUGAGGUGGAGAUGGACGCGGUGCAGAUGGCCAACGAGGAGCUGCGGGCCAAGUUGACCAGCAUUCAGAUCGAGUUCCAGCAGGAAAAGAGCAAGGUGGGCAAGCUGCGCGAACGGCUGCAGGAGGCCAAGCUGGAGCGCGAGCAGGAGCAGCGGCGACACACGGCCUACAUCUCGGAGCUCAGGGCCAAGCUGCACGAGGAGAAGACCAAGGAGCUGCAGGCGCUGCGUGAGGUGCUCAUCCGCCAGCACGAGCAGGAGGCAGCGCGCACGGCCAAGAUCAAGGAGAGCGAGCUGCAGCGGCUGCAGGCCACGCUGAACGUGCUGCGCGACGGUGCGGCCGACAAGGUCAAGACGGCGCUGCUGGCCGAGGCGCGCGAAGAGGCGCGCAGGGCCUUCGACGGCGAGCGCCUGCGGCUGCAGCAGGAGAUCCUGGAGCUCAAGGCGGCACGCAAGCAGGCGGAGGAGGCGCUCAGCAACUGCAUGCAGGCCGACAAGGCCAAGGCGGCCGACCUGCGCGCUGCCUACCAGGCGCACCAGGACGAGGUGCACCGCAUCAAGCGCGAGUGCGAGCGCGACAUCCGCCGGCUGAUGGAUGAGAUCAAGGGAAAAGAUCGUGUGAUUCUGGCCUUGGAGAAGGAACUCGGCGUGCAGACUGGGCAGACCCAGAAGCUGCUUCUUCAGAAAGAGGCUUUGGAUGAGCAGUUGGUUCAGGUCAGAGAGGCUGAGCGGUACCACGGUAGUCCAAAGAGAGAGCUCCCACCUGGCAUAGGGGACAUGGCCGAGCUCAUGGGUGUCCAGGAUCAGCAUAUGGACGAGCGAGAUGUGCGGCGAUUUCAGCUAAAAAUUGCUGAACUGAAUUCGGUGAUACGGAAGCUGGAAGACAGAAAUACCCUCUUGGCAGACGAGAGGAAUGAACUGCUGAAACGCUCCCGUGAGACCGAGGUCCAGCUGAAGCCCCUGGUGGAGAAGAACAAACGAAUGAACAAGAAGAAUGAGGACUUGCUGCAGAGCAUCCAGAGGAUGGAGGAGAAGAUAAAGAAUCUCACGCGGGAAAAUGUGGAGAUGAAAGAGAAGCUGUCCGCACAGGCGUCCCUGAAGAGGCACACAUCCUUGAAUGACCUCAGUUUGACAAGGGACGAGCAGGAAAUCGAGUUCCUGCGGCUGCAGGUGCUGGAGCAGCAGCAUGUCAUCGACGAUCUCUCGCUGGAGAGAGAACGGCUCUUGCGCUCCAGAAGACAUCGUGGGAAGGGCCUGAAGCCACCCAAGAAGCACGUUGUGGAGACAUUUUUUGGAUUUGACGAGGAGUCUGUGGACUCGGAAACAUUGUCAGAGACGUCCUGCAACACAGACAGGACAGACAGGGCUCCGGCCACGCCCGAGGAGGACCUGGACGACACUACAACCCGAGAAGAGGCUGACCUGAGGUUCUGCCAGCUGACCAGGGAGUACCAGGCCCUGCAGCGAGCCUACGCCCUGCUUCAGGAGCAGGUCGGGGGGACGCUGGACGCCGAGCGAGAGGCCCGGACUCGGGAACAGCUCCAAGCUGAUCUGCUGAGGUGUCAGGCCAAAAUCGAAGAUCUGGAGAAGUUACUGGUUGAGAAGGGACAGGAUUCCAAAUGGGUUGAAGAGAAGCAGCUGCUCAUCAGAACAAACCAAGACUUGCUGGAAAAGAUUUACAGGCUGGAAAUGGAAGAGAACCAGCUGAAGAAUGAAAUGCAAGACGCAAAGGAUCAGAAUGAGCUGUUAGAAUUCAGAGUGCUAGAACUCGAAGAGAGAGAGCGGAGGUCGCCAGCAUUUAACCUCCAAAUCAGCACCUUCCCCGAGAACAACAGCAGCGCCCUCCAGCUGUUCUGUCACCAGGAAGGAGUUAAGGAUGUGAAUAUUUCUGAACUUAUGAAGAAAUUAGAUAUCCUUGGCGAUAAUGGGAAUUUGAGAAAUGAAGAACAGGUUGCAAUAAUCCAGGCUGGAACUGUGCUUGCCCUGUGUGAAAAGUGGCUGAAGCAAAUAGAGGGAACGGAGGCGGCCCUGACCCAGAAGAUGCUAGACUUGGAGAAAGAGAAGGACCUAUUCAGCAGGCAGAAGGGCUACCUGGAGGAGGAGCUAGACUACAGGAAGCAAGCCCUCGACCAGGCUUACCUGAAAAUCCAGGAGCUGGAGGCCACGCUGUACGACGCGCUGCAGCAGGAGCCGGGGCGGCGGGCCAGCGAGGCGCUGAGCGAGGGCCAGCGGGAGGACCUGCAGGCCGCCGUGGAGAAGCUGCGCAGGCAGAUCCUGCGGCAGAGCCGGGAGUUUGACAGCCAGAUCCUGCGGGAACGCAUGGAGCUACUGCAGCAGGCCCAGCAGAGAAUCCGAGAAUUGGAGGAUAAACUGGAGGUCCAGAAGCGACAUCUGAAAGAGCUGGAGGAAAAGUUUUUGUUCCUUUUUUUGUUUUUCUCACUAGCAUUCAUUCUGUGGCCUUGA